CCAAACAAAUAAGACAUGUUCACAAAGGUUAUCUUAGUACUCUGUGUGUCCUUGUCAAUGGCCAUCUCGGUGCCCAUUGGGCAUGGUUAUGGUCAUGGACCAGCCAUUUCUUAUGCCGCAGCUCCCGCCAUAUCCUAUGCAGCUCCUGCCAUCAGCUAUGCGGCCCCAGCUAAGGUGGCCGUAGCUGCUGCACCUGCCAUCUCCUAUGCUGCACCUGCCAUCAGCUAUGCUGCUCCCGCCGUUACUUAUGCUGCACCCGCCAAGGUGGCAGUGGCGGCAGCACCCGCCAUUGUUAAAGCCGUUGCACCAGAACCCUUCGAUCCAAAUCCCCAAUAUAGUUUUGCCUAUGGCGUUUCAGAUCAUUCCACCGGUGACUCCAAAUCGGCUCAAGAAUCUUUGGUCAAUGGUGUGGUCCAUGGCAGCUAUUCGCUGACGGAAGCUGAUGGUUCCAUUCGUAAGGUAACCUAUACGGCUGAUCACAUUAAUGGCUUCAAUGCUGUAGUGGAGAAAUCUGGUGGUGCUGUUGCCAUUGCUAAGCCUGUGGUGGCUGUAGCUGCUGCUCCUGCUGUAGCCAAGGUGGCUGUAGCCGCUCCUGCCAUUGCCAAAAUAGCAUAUGCUGCCCCAGCCAUUUCCUAUGGCCAUGGUUAUCAUCACAUUACAUUCAUCUGCUUGGCAAUGGUUGCUGUCAUGGAGUGUGCCCUUCUUAGAGCAGCAGCUCCAGUCGCUGUGGCUCCUGCACCUGUAGCUCCUGCCCUACUCCAUACCGAAGUCGAUCCCCAUCCCCAGUAUGCUUUUGCCUACAAUGUUCAGGAUGCUUUGACCGGAGACAGCAAAAGCCAACAAGAAGUCAGAGAUGGUGAUGUAGUCAAAGGUUCCUACUCAGUCGUUGAUGCUGAUGGUUCACUGAGAACAGUGUUCUAUACAGCUGAUCCCAUUAAUGGUUUCAAUGCUGUUGUACAACGUGGUCCCGUGCCUGUUGCUGUAGCUCGGCCAGUGGCUCCAGUGGCCCCUGUGGCAGCAGUGCCAGCUCGUGUGUUUGAAUUGUUUGCCAGAGAUAGAAUCACACACAGCAGUUUGCAGUUAAACGGAUUAAAACACACACCAGACGAGCGAGAGCAACAAUUUCAACUUAAAAACAAAAUGGUUCAAAAGUUUUUAAUCUUCAGCACCUUGAUGGCUGUAGCCUCAGCUGUGGUCAUUCCAGCCCCUGCAUAUCCUGCCUAUCAUGGGCCUGCAUUCCCCGCAUAUCAUGGCGCUGCUGUAUUGCCUGCGUUGGCCAAAGUUGCUGUGGCAAAGGUAGCUGCUCCCGAGCCCUAUGAUCCCAAUCCUCAAUACAGCUACAGCUAUGAUGUCCAUGAUGCCUCUACUGGUGACAUUAAGAGCCAACAGGAAUCUCGCAAUGGUGAUGCUGUACAAGGUUCAUACUCUUUGAUUGAAGCCGAUGGCUCUCGCCGUUUGGUGGAAUACACCGCGGAUCCUGUUCAUGGCUUCAAUGCCGUGGUGCAUCGUGAACCUGCUGCCGUUAAGGUUGCCCCCGUUGCCAAGGUAUUGGCUCCAGCACCCCUUUACCAUGCCCCUGUGGUGGCCAAGGCUGUGCUACCAGCUGCUCCUUUGGCUUAUCAUGGUCUACAUGCUGCCUAUCCAGCCUACCAUUAUCAUCACCAAACGAAUAAUCGCAGUAGUGUUCAUCACCAGUUUGAACAUGGCGCUUUUUUUCUUAUGCUCAGCGCCUUGGUGGCUGUGGCCUCAGCUGUGGUCCUGCCAGGUCCAGCAUAUCCCGCAUAUCCAGGCUAUCAUGCACCCGCCGUAUACCCUGCAGUGGCUAAAAUUGCUGCCCCUGUACUGCCAGUGGCAAAGUAUGCAGUGCCCGCAGUAGCCAAGGUGGCAGUGCCAGAGCCCUAUGAUCCUAAUCCUCAAUACAGCUUUAGCUAUGAUGUUCAUGAUGCCAGCACCGGUGAUGUCAAGAACCAACAAGAAACUCGCAAUGGUGAUGCUGUACAAGGCUCCUAUUCCUUGAUUGAGCCCGAUGGCACUCGUCGUCUGGUGGAAUACACCUCUGAUCCUGUACAUGGCUUCAAUGCUGUUGUCCAUCGCGAACCUGGAGCAGUUAAAGUGGCCCCUGUUGCCAAGGUAUUGGCGCCUGUAGCUAAGGUCCUGGCUCCCGCCCCUCUAUAUCAUGCCCCAGUUGUGGCCAAGGCUGUCUUACCAGCUGCCCCACUCGCCUAUCAUGGUUUUCCUGGCUUUGCUGGCUAUCAUCACUAAGUCCACUUUUUUAUAUCCUUGACAUCCUUCAUGGAAGGUUUAAACAUGUUGACGAACCAGGAUUUUCAUAAUGGCCACCACGAUAACCCCAACUGAACUGAGAUAACACAGCUGCGCAAGUGCACAAUAAACCUCAUCUAUCACAAUAAAAUAAAAAUAAAAAAAUUAUGUAUAUAUGGCGAUUUUUGUGCCAUUGCUGUAUCCUGCCAUUAUAGUCACCGCCUCACAAACGUUCUCUCAGAUUGCUGUGUCUGAGAGCAACGGUUUUCGUAUAUGUUUUAACGAUUCUAUUUUUUUUUCUUGCCUUCCUUCCUUCGUUUCCCCGAACAUUCCUAAUAUUCCUUGUAUAUUUUUUAAAGGAGCAUUCCUUUGUUGUAGUUAUUUUUAAGCCUUUUCCAUUUUAUCUGUUUAUACGACGCAACUGUUAAAUAAUUAUCGAUGUAAAUAUGCAAUGCAAAUGAAUAAAAAACCGAGGGAGUUUUUUUUUGUAUAAAAGUAUGAGUGCAAUGAAAAAUAAA